CUUUUCUUUAGCCUUUCUUAUCCAUAUUGUCAAACCAUGUUUGAUGAAAACACAGACUCUCUUUUUGAUGUCUUUUCAGGGAAACCAGUGGACGAUCAAUUUAGUGAUUUUGAAGAAUCUGAUACCGAACAAUCUACUCCAGUGAAUGACCACAAACGUCCAAGAGAUCCUUCACCUGUUACUGAUGCUCAAGAAGAAACUGAAAUCAAACGUCUUCGUGCUGAAGACGCUACUCAUGCUCAACCUAUUGUCGCCGAUGCUUUUGAACAAGAAACUUCAAGACAAGUCACCAAUGUUGCUGGUUUACAAGGAACAACUGCUACCCAAGAUGCUCAACUCGUUCUUAAUCACCAAGUCCGUCAUCAAGUCGCUCUUCCUUUAAACUAUGACUAUAAACCUAUCUCUGAACAUGUUCCACCUGAAGAUCCUGCUCGUAGUUAUCCUUUUACUCUCGAUCCUUUUCAACGUGUUGCUGUCUCUUCUAUUGAACGAAACGAAUCUGUCUUGGUAUCUGCUCAUACAUCUGCCGGGAAGACAGUAGUGGCGGAAUAUGCGAUCGCUCAAUGCUUGAAAAACAAACAACGUGUGAUUUACACAUCUCCUAUCAAGGCUUUGUCCAAUCAAAAGUUUCGUGAAUUCACUGAAGACUUUGGUGAUGUAGGAUUGAUGACUGGUGAUGUUACUAUUAAUCCUGAAGCAUCUUGUUUGGUCAUGACUACUGAAAUUUUACGAUCAAUGUUAUACCGUGGUUCUGAAAUCAUUCGUGAAGUAGCCUGGGUUGUUUAUGAUGAAAUUCAUUAUAUGCGUGAUUCAGAACGUGGUGUGGUAUGGGAAGAAUCUAUUAUCCUGUUACCUCAUGCUGUCCGAUAUGUGUUUUUAUCUGCAACCAUUCCCAAUGCUAUGGAAUUUGCUGAAUGGAUUUGCAAGAUUCACGAACAACCUUGUCAUAUUGUGUACACCGAUUUUCGACCUACUCCUCUACAACAUUAUUUAUUCCCAGCGGGUGGCGAAGGUAUUCAUUUAGUUGUAGAUGAAAAAAGUGUAUUCCGUGAAGACAAUUUUAUGCGGGCCAUUGGUGCUAUUAGUGAAAACCAAGCGGAUGAUCCAAGUGGUAUUGCUGGUCGUGGUGGACGUGGCAAGAAAGGUCCUAAAACAGCGAAAGGUGGUGCGAAUGAUGCUCCAUCUGAUAUUUACCGAAUUAUCAAGAUGAUCAUGAUGAAGAAUUAUCACCCUGUCAUUGUGUUCAGUUUCUCGAAAAAGGAAUGUGAAGCCAAUGCUCUUCAAUUAUCCAAACUUGAUUUUAAUGAUGAAAAUGAAAGUGCAAUGGUAUCACAAGUAUUCAACAAUGCCAUUUCAUCCCUUAGUGAAGAUGAUCGUCAACUUCCUCAAAUUCAACAGCUACUUCCUUUACUCAAACGUGGUAUUGGUGUCCAUCAUGGUGGUCUUCUUCCAAUUAUGAAAGAAACUAUUGAAGUACUUUUCCAAGAAAAUUUGUUAAAGGUGUUGUUUGCUACGGAAACCUUCUCUAUUGGAUUGAACAUGCCUGCAAAAACUGUAGUAUUUACAAGUGUCCAGAAAUUUGAUGGGAAGGCAACACGAUGGGUUACUUCCGGUGAAUAUAUUCAAAUGUCAGGUCGUGCAGGUCGUCGUGGUCUUGAUGAACGUGGUGUUGUCAUUAUGAUGAUUGACUCUAAAAUGGAACCGGCAGUUGCUAAAGGAAUGGUCAAGGGUGAAUCAGAUCGUAUGAACUCGGCAUUCCAUCUCAGUUACAACAUGGUCCUUAAUCUUCUUCGUGUGGAAGGCAUUAGUCCUGAAUUUAUGUUGGAAAGAUGUUUCUAUACCUUUCAAAACGACGCAAACAUUCCAAAAUAUGAACAAGAACUGAUGCAAUUAGAACAACAAAAGAAUGCCAUCAAAUUUGAAAAUGAAGAAGAAAUCAAGUCCUAUUAUGAAAUCCGACAUCAAAUCGAUACAUUUACGGAAAAUAUUCGUGAAGUGAUCAACCAUCCAACAUAUUGUUUGCCAUUCAUGCAACCUGGGCGACUAGUUCACAUUAAACACAACAAUCUCGAUUUUGGAUGGGGUGCUGUGGUCACAUAUAAUCGUGCUAUCAACAAAGGAAAACCAAAAGAUGACCCAACUGCAACAUACUAUAUAUUGGAUGUUUUACUCAGCUGUACUGUAGAUAGUUCUCUUUCCAAGGAUGCUCAAGGUCGAUCAGUUGGUAUCCAUCCUCAAGAUCCCACUGUCAAAGGUAGUAUGAUGAUUGUCGUUCCUGUUUUACUCAAUACUAUUCAUGGUAUCAGUCAUAUCCGUUUGAAGUUACCAAAUGAUAUCAAGAGUCGUGAUGGUCGAGCUUCUGUCCAAAAAUCUAUCAAGGAAGUUCAUAAGCGCUUCAAGGAUGAUUUACCACUCCUAGAUCCUAUUCAAAACAUGGGUAUCAAUGAUCCUGUAUUUAAGAAACUUGUCAAGAAAAUUGUCAUCCUGGAAAAACAAUUAACAAGUCAUCCUUUAUCUGAAUCUGAAGAAUUACCCAAGAUGUAUGAAUCUUAUGUAUCCAAAAUGAAGAUCGUUAACGAUAUCAAGAACACGAAGAGAAAGAUCACCGACGCUCAAGCGAUUGUCCAGUUAGAUGAACUCAAGAGUCGAAAACGUGUAAUGCGAAGACUUGGAUUUACUACCUCAGCAGACGUUGUGGAAAUGAAAGGUCGUGUUGCUUGUGAAAUCAGUACAGGCGACGAAUUAUUGUUGACGGAAAUGAUGUUCCAAGGUGUAUUUAACGAUUUGAAGGUGGAUCAAUGCGUGGCACUUCUUAGUUGUUUCGUGUUUGAUGAAAAGGUGGAACUCAAAGCCAAAUUACAAGAUGAAUUAGCUACGCCUUUACGACUGAUGCAAGAAAUGGCUCGAAAGAUCGCCAAAGUCUCGAUUGAAUGCAAGAUGAAUCUAGAUGAAGAUGAAUAUGUGACUAAAUUCAAACCUGAAUUGAUGGAUGUGGUAUAUGCAUGGUGUCAAGGUGCCAAAUUCUCACAAAUAUGCAAAAUGACAGAUGUCUAUGAAGGGUCUCUUAUUCGUAUCUUUAGGCGAUUGGAGGAACUUUUACGACAAAUGGCUUCAGCUGCAAAGAGUAUUGGUAACACAGAAUUAGAAAACAAGUUCUCUGAAGGUAUUAAUCGAAUUCAUCGUGAUAUCAUCUUCGCUGCCUCCCUUUAUUUGUAGUUUAAUUAUAUAUGUAGAUUAUUCAAACCGCAUUCAUUCUUACUUCUCACACUCAUAUUUUAUUAUACAAAUUAUCCCCCUUUUUUUUCUCUUCUUUGUCAUUCAACUAGCAUUGUUUUCUUUUCUAUUUUAUUCUUUCAAUAAAUCUUUUUAUUCUUUUCUUACCUU